GUUUGGUCGGGGGGCGGGGACAAUAUACUGCAGCUGUCCAUGGUUGGGUUUGGUGGGUGCGCACGGUUCUCUGGGAUGCGACCAUAAUCACAUACCGUUAUUAUAUCUCUCUGGAUCAUUUCCCUAUACAGUGCAUCAAAACCAACUACAAGAGGGUAGGCCUACUGGAGUCAGGGAACCCCUGCUGACAGUGCACCAAUUUGGAGUGGCGGUAGGGACAAGAUUGUGAAGGACGUGAGGCAUCAUGGCAGCUCAUGAACAGGCGAGGCAGCGCUCACUCUCCACCUCUGGUGAAUCACUCUACAUUGUGCUUGGCAUUGACAAGCUAGCCACUCCCGACGAUAUCAAGAAAUCCUACAGAAAACUUGCGUUGAAAUUCCACCCUGAUAAGAACCCAGAUAACCCAGAAGCUUCUGACAAGUUUAAGGAGAUCAACAAUGCCCAUGCCAUUCUGAACGAUCCCACAAAGCGGAACAUCUAUGACAAGUACGGCUCCCUGGGACUGUACGUGGCUGAGCAGUUUGGCGAGGAGAACGUGAACACCUACUUUGUUCUGUCCAGCUGGUGGGCUAAGGCGUUGUUUGUGUUCUGUGGCCUUGCCACUGGCUGCUACUUCUGCUGUUGUCUGUGUUGUUGCUGUAACUGCUGCUGUGGGAAGUGUAAACCGCGGCCCCCAGAGGGCCAGGAGCCCGAUUUCUAUGUGUCCCCUGAGGACCUGGAGGCCCAAAUGCAGUCUGACGAGAGAGGUGAGAUCGACUGCUUAUUGUAGGGUGGCGGCGAAGCCAUCUUGGUGCAGCCAUCAGCGACAGAGACCACCCAGCUGACGUCAGAUGGUCACCAUUCCUCCUACCAAACCGACAUGGGCUUCAACUAAACCCCAUCCCUGUCCUGGCCUGCUACCCUGCCCCACCUUAAAAGGAUGAUAGGGGCAAUCUGUUUUAACUUCACUAAGAGCGCCAUGUCCUGGAGAGGAGAUGGAGGAGCGAGCUUGGCCUACAUACAAAACUCUUGAAGACCCCCCCCCCCCCCCCCCCCUCCCCCCCCAUUUCCACCCUCUCCAGAAUGGUCCAGUCUCGCCUCUUAUGUAGGAAGAAAAAGAAAGAAAUGGUUUGCUUCCUGCCCUUUUGUUCUUUUGUAUCCUUUUGGCCUUUGACCUCACAAUCCUCCAUCCCCACAGUCCCCUUUCCAUAUUCAGUGUGAUGGUGUAGCAUGCACUGAGAAAAAAAAUCUUUGUUUUCAUUUGUUGAAUGUGACAUUUGUUGUGUUUCCCGAAUUCUGUUGGUGCAUAGGUAUGUGCAAUACGUACAGACCAGUCAAAAGUUUGGACACACCUACUUAUUCAAGGGCUUUCCUUUAUUUUGACUAUUCUCUACAUUGUAGAAUAAUUGUGAAGACAUUAAAACUGAAAUAACACAUAUGGAAUCAUGUA